AUGAAAAUUAGUAAUUAUAUAUUUGGUAGAAUUAUCGAUUGUUAUAGUUAUGUUGAUAAAAUAAAAACACAUGUAGAAUUUAAUAGAAUAAAAAAAUACUUUCAAGAUGCUCAUAUUCUUGAUAAAUAUUUGAAUAAUUAUAAAAGUAAAAUAGAAUAUUAUCGUGGGAAAAUAAAGGAAAAUGUACAUUCAAUAUUGAGAAAUAACUAUAUAUGUUUUGAGAAAAAUGUAGAUGAGGAUUUAAUUUUUGUUAAUAGGUAUGUUUAUUAUGAGAUAAAAAAUGAAGACUGUAUUAUGAUAUGUCGAAAAAGGUUGAAAAGGAAUUUUUUUAAAAAAAAAAGAGAAUAUAUAGGAAAAAAAAAGGACUAUAUAGAAAAUAAAAAUAUAUAUGAUUAUUAUGAUUAUUAUGAUUAUUAUGAUUAUAAUUCAUUAGAAGAAUUAAAAAAGAGAAAAUAUAUAUCUAGAUAUACAUCCGAAGUAGUUGUUAUAUUUCCUUCAUAUUUUUUUAUUAAACAUUUUAAGAUUUUAAGGGAUUUUAUAUUUUUUUUUAUAAUUGAAAGAAAUAAUAGUCCUUUGAAUUUUUGUUAUAUAUUUAAAGGGACCUUUCGUAUUUAUGAUAGGUAUAUAAAAGAAAAAAUAACUAAAAAUAAGAUUCCUUGUAUUUUGGAAAACAUUUGUAAUGAACAAUUGGUGUUAAAAAAUCAACUGAAUAAAAAAAAAAGAAGAAAUAAAAAAUUAACAAACAUAGAAUUGUAUAAUGAUAUACAUUUGAAUGUUGAACAAAAUAAAAAUGUUCAUUAUAAUAAUAUGUGUUGUAACUAUGAUAUAUAUAAGAAAUAUUUUAUAAAUAAGAAAAAUAAUAUGUUUAGAUGUUCUAACUUUAUACUUCCUAUUAUUAAUAAAUGUAUUUUCCUCAAGGGAGGAAUAUUAAAUGUUGAAUUUUUGAAAUUUUCAAAAAAAGAUAUAUUUUUUUUUACAACACAUAUAAAUAAAAAAUAUAGGUGUAACCAAUUAUUUUUGAACGGGCCCAAAUGUUUUAAAAUAUUAAUAUAUGAAGAAAAAGAAGAAGAAUAUUUUUUAAAUCUAUACAAAAGUAAAGAUAACAAGAAAACUUUCCUUUUGAGUGGUAGUCAUUUGCACAAUAAAUUAUUUUUAUUGAAUCUCCAAAAAAUAUGCUCAAAAAAAAAAAAUAGAAUAAAAAAUAAUUAUAUAAUAAAACAAAGAAAACAUCUUAUAAUUGAUGUGGUUAAAUUAAUUUCAUGUCGUUUAAGAGGAAAAUGCUUUUUAGAAAAUUUUUAUGAAUAUAUUGUUAUAAUAUGUCAAGGAGAAAAAAAUCAUGUACACAUAUUUUCUGUAUCUACUAAGGAUAUUAAUUAUUUGAAAAAAAAAAGAAUCAGCAGGAAAAAAUAUAAUAAUGCGAAAUAUGUGAAUAAUAAAAAAUAUUUAAAAAAUCAACAAAAAAAAAAUCAACAAAAAAAAAAUCACAUUUGUUUGGAGAAAUAUGAUAAUAAUAUAUGUAGUAAUAAUAUAUGUAGUAAUAAUAUAUGUAGUAAUAAUAUAUGUAGUAAUAAUAUAUGUAGUAAUAAUAUAUGUAGUAAUAAUAUAUGUAGUAAUAAUAUAUAUAAUAAUUAUUAUUAUAAUAUAUUCCAUUGUGAUCAUACAAAAUAUAGGAUAAAUAUAAGAAAAAUCGAAAUUCCUAUAGAUUCAAAAAUAAAAAAACUAGCUACUUUAAAAAAUUGUAACCUUCAAGAUUUUGAUAUGACUAAAUAUGGUUUAGUACUCUAUCUAUAUAAAUAUUUUUUAACACCUUUCAUUUGUAUAAUUGAUUUAAAAAAUAUAUUUAUCAAGACAUAUAAGAAAAGAGCGAAUGUAGUUAUUAAUAAUAUAGUUCAAUGUACAAAUAAUAACAAAUUUUAUAAAUCUAAUGAUUUAAGAAAGAUUAUGAAGAUUGUUUAUCUUCCUAUAAAGAAAGGCAGUAUAUCAUGUGGUAUAAAUAACAAUUUUUAUAGUCCGUUUAUUUCAUUUGAUAUAUGUAAUACUUUUAUUAACAACAUAAAGUUAAGGUUAUAUUUAAAAAAAGGAGUUUUGUGUUUAUUAAAAAAUAUAAAUAAUAUUGAGGAUAGCGAUUUUGUUUGUUCAUCUUCGUCUAGUUUAUUUGAAAGUACUUAUUUUAAGUAUGAUAAGGAAUUACAAAAAAUUUUUGAACUUCAUAAGAACUUUUGUAUUAAAGAUGUUUUUUUAAAAACAAAGGAUAAUAAAAAAAUUGCUAUUACUUUAGUAUAUAAGAGGAAGGAUAAUCAUCAUAUAUGUUAUGGUGAUCGGAAUAAUAUCACGAGUAUGAAUAUGAGUCGAAUGGAUAAUAUUAAUGAUUGUAUAAAGCGGAUAUUUGAUAAUAGUGGUAGUAAUUAUGAGGAGGGAAAUAAAAAUAAAGAAAAUAUGGAAAUUACUAAUUUUUUUGAUUAUAUAAAAAAUGAGGAAAAAAAAAUAAAUAUAGACAAUAAUAAAACAUAUUGUGAUAAUAAUAAAACAUAUUGUGAUAAUAACAAAAUGUGUUGUGAUAAUAAAAAAAUGUUUUGUGAUAAUAACAAAAUGUGUUGUGAUAAUAACAAAAUGUGUUGUGAUAAACAUAAUAUAUGCUGUGAUAAACAUAAUAUAUGCUGUGAUAAUCAUAAUAUAUGUUGUGAUAAUCAUAAUAUAUGCUGUGAUAAACAUAAUAUAUGCUGUGAUAAACAUAAUAUAUGUUGUGAUAAACAUAAUAUAUGCUGUGAUAAUCAUAAUAUAUGCUGUGACAAUUUUGUAAAUGAUCCACAUUCUGAUAAGUGUAGCAAUAAUAUAUUCAAUGAUCUUCCAAUAAUUUUUGAUUAUAAUUUAUUAUCAGAAAUGAAUAUGGAGAGCUAUGAAAAUUUUAAUUUUGUAUUAAACGAAAAGAAUAAUUUGUUAGUUCCUCAUUUUGUUUAUCCUAGUAAAACUAUUAUUCACGUAUACCCUUUUUAUAAUGAAAUGAAUUUAUGUACAUACAACGAUGAAUAUUAUUUUUAUCUUUUAAACAAUUUUGUAAUAUCUUAUUUUCAUCUUAGAGGUUCAGGAGGGUUAAUGUGUCAUAAGGAUGAAGAAGGUGUGAGAAAAAAAUAUAUAGACAAAAGUAAGGAAAAGAAAAAAAUUCUUGAUGAUUUCAUACAAUGUAUUAAUUUUCUUAAAUAUAAAAAUAUAAGUAAUACAGAAAAUAUUUCUUUAUAUUUAUAUUCAAAUUGUGGAAUGAUAGGAGGAUAUAUAUUAAGUUGUAUAUUUAAAAUUGUAAAAAAUAUUAUAUUUGUUAAUCCUUUAUUAGAUAUUUUCAAUAACUUAAGCGAUCGUAACAAUCCACAUGUACCUUCAGAAUAUUUAGAAUUUGGAUCUAUGAAUAUAAAUGAUUAUAAUAUAAAAAAGAAUAUACAUAUAUCUAUAAAUAAAAAGAAUACUAAUCAAAUCCAUUUUGUUUAUAAGAAACAUUGUAAUGGAUAUUACAACAAUGAUUUUAAAAGGAAAAGAAAAUAUAUUAAAGGUCGAUAUUUAAAAGGAACAAACAAAAUUGUUAGAAAUAAUAAUAAUAAUAAUAAUAAUAAUAAAAAUAAAUACAAUAGUAUACCUUAUUACAUAUAUUCAAUGUGUCCAUAUUAUAAUAUAUAUCCUAAUUAUAAAGAACAUUUUUGUAAUAAUAGUAACAACAUAUCAAAGGAAGUAUUUUCUUUAAACAAGGAUAAUACUAAUAUUUUUUUCAAGAGUAAUAUUCUUUUAUAUUUAAACAAAUAUGAUAUUAUAUGUUCUAAUUAUAAUUCUAUAAAAUAUUUUACAAAAUAUAUACAUUAUAAAAAUCUCACAAUAAAUUAUUUUUAUUAUUAUGAUAAUGAUCAAAAUAUACUAGAUGAAUCACAUAAGCAACAUAACAAUAAAUUGAACUUUAUAAAUUUUAAAAAUAAUAAUGAACAAAAUGAAAAUGCAAAUUUUUAUAUUUCUUUUUCGGAUAAGGGUGGGCAUAGUGGAUAUGAUUCUUCAUCGGGUUAUUUAAAUAAUAUGUUGGAUAAAAUAUUUUUACAUUUUUUUAUAAAUUAA